AUGGCCAAAGAUCUGACAACGACCGUGUAUGAGCCCAUCCAACCGCAGGGCCUCGCGCUCUCUCUGUUGGCCGUGACCAUCGCCUUCACCAUCUUAUCCACUAUCGUGGUGGUCCUCCGGUUCUACGUCCGCCUGUCACUGCAUGCCUUCGCCGUUGAGGAUUGGUUAAUGCUUGCGGGAUAUGUCGUUAACAUUGGACACAACGCCGCCGUCAUUGUCCUCGCGUAUAGCGGGAUCGGGUCCCACGAUGAAAUUAUCACGGUCGGCAUGCAGUACAAGAUGGGGCUGUGGACAAUCAUCUGGCAGUUCUUGUACGUGCUCGAUGGCGCGCUGAUCAAAUCGAGUAUCAUCUGGACGCUGCUUCGGCUUGCCAAGAACUUGAAGAAGAUAUACACGAGGAUCCUGUGGGCGCUCUUUGCGUUGACUUGGGCUGUCUGGCAGAUAUCCUGGCCUGUGGCCAUAUUCCAGUGCAAACCCGUGUCCGCUGCAUGGGGUAAGCCGGGAGACUGCGCAUCCGGUCAGACGGUCAUUCUCAACGUGUCGUACUUCGUCUCGGCCGCCAACAUCUUUACCGAUAUCAGCACCACCCUAGUGCCCAUCUUUUUGCUCCGUCAUCUCCAGAUGCCCAAGAAGGUAAAGCUCUUGACCAUGGGCAUCCUAUCGCUUGGUGUGGCUGCGUCUGUUGCGACCACCAUCCGCAUCACCUACACGUGGGCGUAUACCGCGCCUUCGGAGAGAUUUUACACUAUUGGAUACGUCGUCUUGCUCACCGUCCUCGAAUGCGACCUGGGUAUCAUAGCCGGCUCCAUGCCCAUGCUGCGUCGUCUCCUUCGUGGAAUCCUUCCCUCAUAUAACGCGAGCAACAAAACGCCUGGCCGGUCCCGCGAUGUUAAUCUGGUAACCAUUGGCGGCACCGGUGGCAACGGGCGGCGCACCCACAUGAAGCUGUCCAACGCCGGCAAUAACAGAAACGACGGCGACCAGGACCACCAUUUCCAGGACAAGGAAAGCAAUGGCGACGGCGAGUCAACGCGUCACAUCAUUCACAUCACACGCGAGGUUGAGCAGGACAGUGCUUCGGCUCAGGGUAUACCUAUUAAUCAGUUCCAUACCAGCGUCUCAGGUAUAUCACGAUGUAACCACGGCCAAGGAUACGAGGAGGCAGUAUAA